UUUCUUUCUUUGUUUGUUUUUUUAAAAAUGAAAUGAUUCAAGACGCAACCGCAAGCGGCAAGACGACCGUUGGAAUGGAAGAGCCUCCGCUCGUCUUCCAAACCCGAGAGAAUCAGAGAAAGGAAAAAGGACCGGAGGCCGAGAAGAAGCAAUAUCUUCCCCGGGCCGACCGACUGACCCAUGGACCGCCGUCCGCCGCUCGCUGUCUCCCCGCGCCGCCUCCGCCCGCGUCCGCCCCUCGUGCCGGCCUCCACCGUGCAAACGCCUGCAGGAUCGAAGAAGCAGGCGGCGGUCCCGAUGCGCGCGUCCGUCUGCGCGAUCCCUUCGCCGGUGCGCGCUUCAAUCUCCGCCCUCCCGUCGCUGGUCCGCGGCGAACCAAACCCGAUGCGCGCGCGCGUGACCUCCGCGCUCCAGCCCCCGACGCACGUCGUGGCCGCGUCGUCGUCGCCCCCAGCGAGGGAGGCGGGCGAGAAGGAGAACUUCCUUCCCGCCGCGGCGCCACCGCCGACGCCCCCGGCAGCUAGGUCGGGUUUCGAGGAGGAGAACCUCCUCCCGGCCGGCGCGGACGCCCACGACGAGCUAGUGGCGCUGAACCUCGCGGCGAUCGCCAGGGCAGCGGGCACGCCGGACGGCGGCCCGCUCUUCGUGCGCGGCAGGCUGUACGACGCCUACUCGGCGCGCCGCAACGAGCGGCUCAAGCGCAAGCAGGGCUUCCCCUACUACUACUACUCUGAUGAGUUUGCGUCCACGUACUCGGUAGAACCUGAGGCGAUGGCGAAGGACCCCUGUGUCGCCGUCGAGCUGUCCAAGCGCCGCGUCGCCAAGAAGGCCUACACCGCCACGAGCGGCGGCGGCGAGUCCGUGAGGAGGUCUAUGCCAGCCGUCGACUUUGCGGCCCGCCGCGGAGGGGGCCUGGGGCCGAGGUCCUCUCUCAGGAGCAGCAAGGAGAUGAAGAAGGCUUCCGCUGCGUCGGGCGUCAAGGAGAGGAGGGUGAACCCCAGGUCGCUACUUUGCCGGUUCUGAGGGCUGGACACCUUCUCAUCUGCGGACUGAACAGAAGAACAGCCUUGUAAAUCUGGGAUAAAUCCCUGCUGUUAUGUAUUAUUAGGUUGAUAACAGUGGCACAAUUGUCAUACCCCUGCAAUAAUCUAUGCUAUGCUGAAUAGGUGGGAUGAUAUAGAGAUUCUUUUUGUAUGAGCUGUGCCCAUAUAUUCUGAAACUAAAGUAGUGUGUGUGGAGAUCCGGAAGCCGACAGCACGAUUUCAUAAUUUACUAAGUAUAUCUGUUUGUUUACAACAGGAGCAGCAAGCCAGCAAUAGGAAACUAGGCAAUUAGGUAGUACUACAAGAACAUAAGUAUAUCUGUUGUGCUCGAAAUUAAUACGGUACAUAAAUCCUACAGUACAACACAACACAGUCAAUAGGUUGCUGCAGCUCCUGCUAGCUUCCUGAGUAAUCUGCUCGCCGCCUCAAGCCCAACCCCAGCUUCCUCCUCACCACUGCUCCUUGCGGCAUCGUCGUCGUCCGGGAAGCAGUAUGCAGGAGCCUGCCACUGCGCGUCGUCCUCCAGCGCAGCUCCGGGUUCGAAGCUCAUCACGAACUGCUGGAUCCCCGUCACUGCAGUGCAGAUAUACUCAUUCAUGGCAAACAAA